AUGGUCUCUAAUCCAUUGUCUUCUGUGGUCAAAUCCGACGACGGCGAGGGCAGACACAUGGGCCAUAACCUCGUCCACCACAUAAAUGCAACAUCAAGAAUCGAGAACCAGGGACCUACAAACAGUCAUGCAAUCUCCCAAGCUGUGUCAGAUGAGGAGGGUUUAGUUCAGAAAGCUGGCGCAUCUCAGGAAGUUUCGGAUAUUGGAUGGGAGCAUGGGCCUGGUGAGAUUGGGGAACAGAUAGUCCCAGGUUUAGCAAACGAUGAUCUUUGGAUGCUACUUAGACGAUUUGACAAACAACUGUACUAUGUCAAAGCUUUGCCGGAUACGCCAAUGCAGAGACUUGACCUUGUUCGAGCCGAGGACGAGAAUUUCUCCCCUGAUAAGUUGCGGGCGACGCUUGAACGAUUUUAUACAACCGUGGCUUUGAGAUUGAUUAGUGCUGCGAAACAUAUUGCUCGGUUGCGUUCAUGGAGGGAAUAUGAACGUACAUUGGGGUUUUGUAUUGUAUAUUUCGCUGCAUGGCUCCUAGAUCUUCUCGCGCCUACUUUCUUUAUCGUUCUCAUAACUCUCGUUGUACACCCUCCAUCUCGAACGUUGCUCUUUCCACCCGCACCCAUCGCCCUAGUUGAUACGGCUACAGGUGGCACGAAAAAGCCUAAAGCUGGUCAUCUGGGCUCGGACGACAGUGCCACCGGUGCACCAGAAAGGUACAAGGGUGAAGCAGCCGAGAAGGAAGCCAGCAAUAUUCUAGCUAGUGUUGCCGGUCUCACUGUGGAGAGCGCGGCAGGUAAACAUGAGCAAGAAAUGCCUGAAGUUGAACCGGAAAAUGCACCCCAAGACGCGAAGAUAGAUAAGACACCUAAUCCGGCGGAAAUUGCGACGAAGGCGGCAGAUGCAAGAACUGCUGUGCAUGGAGAGAAGCCGGAAGAGUCGCAUGAUAAGACGAGGCAGCCGAUAAAGGAGACUGUUGUUAAUUUGGCGAAUCAAUCCAUGCGAGUGUUGAGCGAUAUCACAGAUACGUGCGAACGGUUUGAGAAUGCUCUCUCUCCAACUCCACCUUUUCCCAUGGUGACUCCAUAUUUACGAUUUGUGGGGGUCCUAAUGUUCGCCCUGUUUACCUCUUUUAUCAUCUCGAGCUACGCCUUCGUUAAGAUCAGCACAUUCCUUUCUGGCUUCGUCUUCUUUGGCGACCCUGUUGUUCAGCGUGCUGUGAAAUUCUUGGAUCGCAGAUACUCGAACUGGAAACGUCUCUUGGAACUGCGGAAUACACUUCUCCAGGGCAUUCCCACAAAUGCUCAACUCACACUGACCCUCCUACGCAUUGGGGAAACAAAUCUUGCACCUCUCCCUCCUCCCCCAGGCUCACGAGCAAAAAACCCUUCCUAUGGCAACAACACAUCAGCCCCAACCUCGGAAAGCGAAAACUCGCGCCCCGGCUCCCCAUCACCACAACAUAUAGCAGAACCUCAUAAGCAGAAGCAAGGUAUCCUUUCUUAUAUUGUCUCCUUCUUCCGCGGCACGACUGCAACAAGCAUCAAAAGCAAACUCGCCGUCGAUAGAGCCCGCGCCGUCGCCGGCUCCCGUCACGCCAAAGCUCGCGUCGGAAUCCUCCGCAGCAAAGGCAAGCGAGCUCUCCCCUCCGGCCCUGUCGAGUUCGAUGCACGAUACAAAGGCAAACGUGGAGCAGCCAUUAUCGACUCCUCCAAAGACCCUCCCUUACUUUAUUUCACCACCGAGUCUGCACUGCACUUCGACAACAUGGAAAUCGAGAGCAGACAGGACGGCACAGUACUAUUCUCGCUUCCUGUUUCUGAUAUCAGGGAGAUGAGAAAGACAGGUGGUCUUGGGUGGAAGGGUAAGUUGGUUGUUGGAUGGGCUGUGGGGAGUAAAGAGGUUGUGGAUGGGUUGUUGCUCAUUGGGAGAGAACCGGGACAGAGGUAUCAGCUUACGGCUAUGACCACACGGAAUCAGCUGUUUGAUCGGUUGAUUGCUAUUGAUGGACAGGUUUGGCAGAGCUAUUGA